AUGGAGGAACGUACAUUUCCCCUCUUCUCACGACUCCCUCCAGAGCUUCGGGAACAGAUCCGGAAGUCGGCGGCACGCCCAGACAAGCCGGGUGUUCAAGUAUUUCGGGUGUAUGAUGCUGAACCCGACAACCCGGGUAAUUCCAAUGAUAUCAUGCGGCUUUCAGUCACCGACCCGUCUCAGAUGCAAUGGGGCCUAACCGCUUAUCCGCCUUGCCCACCUCGCCUUGCACUUCCGUUAUGGAACAAAUACCCAGAUAGUGUCGACGACACAAGCGACCACAAUAUAUCCACAUAUAUGUUAGAUGGCUCGCUAUUGACUGCCUGUCAAGAGUCCAGAUCUAUGAUGAAACGUCUCGAGAGAAACAAAACGUCUCGCAAGCACUACGAUGAAUCAAGAGCUGGAUAUUACCUCUCAGGUGGUGCCCCAUCAUACAUCACCAUUUAUCCCAAGACAGACUUGAUUAUCUUGCAAUUUGACGAUAUUUUUGACUUUUAA